GGAAGGACAAAUUUUAUCCCACUAUAAAUACCUUCAUUUUCAACCGCUCUCCCCACAUCCACAAACCCUACAUUCGUUUUGCAUUAUUCCUUCCCUUCUUCUUAUUAUUAUUUUUUAUUAGAGUUGUGGGAAAAUGACAAUCCUCAUCGAGCAGCCUGAUCAUGGAUUACUAGUCGAGGAUAAGCCAAUCCCUUUCGAUGGGAAUGAACUAAUCCUAUAUGGAGGAUUUGCCGUACCAGAAACAUUGUCAUCCAACAAUGGUGGAUUUGAUGCUCCGGAAAUCAAUGCCUUUGGCCAAUCAUUCAGGGACUAUGAGGCAGAAAGUGAGAGAAAGGAGUCUGUGGAGGAGUUCUACAGGGUUCAACACAUCAACCAAACCUAUGACUUUGUGAAGAGGAUGAGAGAAGAAGUGUAUGGGAAAUUGGAUAAGGUGGAAAUGAGCAUAUGGGAAUGCUGCGAGCUGUUGAAUGAUGUUGUGGAUGACAGUGACCCUGACCUGGAUGAGCCACAAAUUGAGCACUUGCUCCAAACUGCUGAGGCUAUCAGACAAGACUAUCCUCAUCAAGAUUGGUUGCAUUUGACUGCCCUCAUUCAUGAUCUUGGAAAAGUCCUGCUUCAUCCAAGUUUUGGAGGGCUUCCUCAAUGGGCUGUUGUUGGUGACACAUUCCCUCUUGGAUGUGCUUUUGAUGAAUCCAUUGUUCACCACAAGUACUUCAAAGAAAACCCAGAUUACGAAAACCCACUCUACAACACAGAGAAUGGGGUAUAUGAAGAGAGAUGUGGACUGGACAAAGUGUUAAUGUCUUGGGGGCAUGAUGACUAUAUGUACUUGGUGGCCAAACAAAAUGGAUGUACUUUACCUUCUGCUGCAUUGUUCAUCAUCCGCUAUCACUCUUUCUACGCACUGCACAGGGCUGGGGCUUAUACACACUUGAUGAAUGAGGAGGAUGAAGCAAACAUGAAGUGGCUCAAAAUCUUUAACAAAUACGAUCUAUAUAGCAAGAGUAAGGUUCGUGUAGAUGUCGAGAAAGUCAAGCCGUAUUACCUCUCACUUAUUGAAAAGUAUUUUCCAGCAAAACUCAAGUGGUAAUAAACGAGGCUGAUGGAGAAAUGAGGGUUAAAUCAAGAGGGUACCAUUGGGAAUUAACUGUGAAAGUUAUUGUAUCCAUGUACAAUAAUGUUUAUUUGCAGAAUAUUUUUUUUUUUCUUGUAAUGCUUUUAUUUCCAUUCUUUUCUUCUUGCAAAAUAAUUGAAAAAAAUGUUGGAUAAUACCAAAUAUUGGCCGGAUCUCA